UUGUCUGUCCCGGCGACUAGCGGCGGGCUCAGACCGUAGUGGUCGCGGGACGCGCACGAUGGCUCUGGCCCUGCUGCGCCCUCUGCCGCGGCUGCUGGUGCUGGGGCUCGGGCUGGCGCUGCUGUGCGCGGCGGCCGGGGAGCCGGUGUCAGGCACCACUCCCUGCUCCCGCGGCAGCUCCUGGAGCGAGGACCUCGACAAGUGCAUGAACUGCGAGUCAUGUCCAGCCCUACCGCACAGCGACUUCUGCCGGGGAUGUGCUGGGGCUCCUUCAGCCUCCUUUGGGCUGUUGUGGCCCAUCUUGGGGGGCGCCUUGAGCCUAGCCCUUGUGCUGGGGCUGCUUUCUGGCUUCCUGGUCUGGAGACGGUGCCGAAGGAGAGAGAAGUUUACCACCCCCAUCGAGGAGACCGGCGGGGAGGGCUGUCCUGGCGCAGCGCUGAUCCAGUGACCACGAGCUUUCCUGGUCAUCGGGAAACUGUGCCCACCCGCCAUUCAUUCAUUCAUUCAUUGUGGAGCCAGCCCCUGCCUCCCAGACAACUAGAGCCAUGCUACUCCCAUCACAGGGGUGUGCAGGGGGGGGACGACAGGUGAAUCACUUAUCUGAGGCCUGGAUCCAGGCUUCAGAGGAACCUUCCAAGGUAUCUGACUGCGCUGUCUCUGGCUCCGGGACAGAAAAGGAGACCCAGGCUGGCUCACACCAGAUGGCUGACACUAGGAACUGCAACAUUUGCACAAAGGCCCCCUAUCCCCAUGGCCUGGGGGUCAGGCUGAAGUGAGGCACAGACAGAACACUAGGUCCCACCCACUGCUAUGUGCUGAAAUCCCAGCACUGGGGUCUUAGCCUGGGGGGUUAGGGAUCUGUUCCUAACACUAGGGGGCUGGCCCUCUAGGGGGGGCUGGCCUUGAGACACUGCCCCCACCAACCCUCAAAGGAGGGGAGAUAUUUAUUUUGGGUAGAAAGUUUGGAGGGGCAGGAGAAUUUAUUAAUAAAAGAAUCUUUAACUUUAAA